AUGGCAAACUUUUUCACUAAAAGGACAAAGGAACUCAAACCUCCUGUCCAAAGCGCUCCUGGUUGGAAGUUGUUUGGAAAAGUCCCACCCAGGGAAAACCUUCCAAAAGAUUCCAAAAUUAUUCAGCAGGAUGACAGUUCUGGCAGUCUUGCGUCAAUAUCUGCUCUCAGUCUAUUAAACACAGGGGAAUAUGAAGCACGGACAGGAAGAAUGUAUAAACCUCCACCCCCAUCAGCAAGACGUAAAAAUAUUGAAUUUGAACCCCUUUCAACUACUGCUUUGAUUCUGGAGGAUCGACCGGCAAAUCUUCCUGCCAAAUCAGUGGAGGAGGCUUUACGUCACCGACAAGAAUAUGAUGAGAUGGUGGCAGAGGCAAAAAAACGAGAAAUUAAAGAAGCACAUAAAAGGAAAAAAAUAAUGAGAGACCGUUUCAAGCAAGAAGAGAAUAUUGCUAGUGCUAUGGUGAUUUGGGUCAAUGAAAUACUACCUAACUGGGAAGGCAUGCGUGCUACGCGAAGGGUUCGAGAGCUGUGGUGGCAGGGAUUACCCCCAAGUGUACGUGGGAAGGUUUGGAGUCUAGCUGUGGGAAACGAAUUAAAUAUCACUCCUGAACUUUAUGAAAUCUUCUUGUCGAGAGCUAAGGAACGAUGGAAAAGCUUCAGUGAGACAAGUUCUGAGAAUGACAUAGAAGAUGCAGGUGCAUCUGUUGCUGAUCGUGAGGCCAGUCUGGAGCUAAUUAAGUUGGAUAUAUCACGCACAUUUCCAUCCCUGUAUAUUUUCCAGAAGGGUGGUCCUUAUCAUGAUCUCCUGCAUAGUGUUUUAGGAGCAUAUACAUGUUACAGACCGGAUGUGGGAUAUGUACAAGGGAUGUCCUUCAUUGCUGCUGUGCUCAUUCUCAAUCUGGAGGAGGCAGAUGCUUUCAUUGCCUUUGCUAACCUUCUAAACAAGCCAUGCCAGCUGGCCUUUUUCCGUGUGGAUCACAGCAUGAUGCUGAAAUACUUUGCAGCCUUUGAAGUAUUCUUUGAAGAAAAUCUUCCCAAAUUGUUUCUUCAUUUCAAAUCAUACAGUCUCACUCCAGACAUAUAUUUGAUAGACUGGAUUUUUACACUCUACAGCAAGUCAUUACCACUUGAUCUGGCCUGUCGUGUCUGGGACGUUUUCUGUAGAGAUGGAGAAGAAUUUUUGUUCAGGACAGGGUUAGGAAUCCUUCGGUUAUAUGAAGAUAUUCUCCUACAGAUGGACUUUAUUCAUAUAGCACAGUUUCUAACAAAGCUUCCAGAAGACAUUACAUCAGAAAAGCUUUUUAGCUGUAUUGCAGCUAUUCAGAUGCAGAAUAGUAACAAAAAAUGGGCACAGGUGUUUGCCUCACUGAUGAAGGACAACAAAGAAGGGGACAAGAACCAUAGCCCAGCACUGAAAAGCUAAUCGUUGUAAUGUUGAGGUCAAUUGAAAAUGGAAAACCACUUGAUGACAAAGAAGUUUUCACAUCACUUCUAUGUGGAGAAGCACUAUAGCAAAUGUGAAAAUGAGAUGGAAAACCGUCACAGCUCUCAGUGGAGUAAUGAACUGAUGAAAUCUUCACCCUUUUUGCCAGUAUUAGCUUUUUGUCAUGGGAAGAUUUGUUUUCACACAGAAUACUAAAACCUAUAAAACUGAGAAGCGGGGGAGUUCAUAUUUAAUACUUCAAACGAAUCAGCUCAAUGCAAUAAACAUUUGUAAUAACUUCUGUUGGUACUUUAAAAAAAUUUUGAGGCAUAACUUUUUUUACAAAUACCACAAAGGCACUUUUUGGGGGGGAUGAGGGAAAUGCUAAAUCUUAAGGCCCCAAAACUGCUAUCCAAACCAAAUGCUUUGGUACAAAUAUUACCUCCAAAAUUAACCAUUUGAAAGUAUUGAGGACCAAAUAAGGUUGUUUGGUAUGUUUAUGUGCAAGAUGGUUAAAAUUUGGGAAGGGGUAUUGUCUUAUUUACUUGGGGUUUUUUGAGUUGCAGCUUCAUUCUUCAGUCUGGGCAAAUGUGAUUAACUCAGGAACUGUGGAAGUAUUGUGCCCAAACCUGUUAGAGCAAAAAUAAUCUGAAUUUUAAACAGUGGUUAAGAUCAGGGCUAUUAUUUUCAGAGUGUAGAGCUUUCAAAGCAAGUGGCGUUAAGCAUUUGUUUUGGUGUAUUGGUUGUGCAGCUUAUUAAAAAUGGAGUGGGUAUUCUGUGAAAGGGUUUUGCCACCAGAAGUUUUGUUUUGUUGAGCCAUU